CUUGAAUCAAAUGAAUUAAAAAAAUUGAUGAAUUUAUUGAACGUCUAUGGAGAAUUAGUGAGAAAGGUUGUAAAUCACGUAUGCUAACUGAAGAAGAAAUGAUACUUAUAUGUCAUCAAUGUAAACCAUUGUUUUUAGAACAAUCAUCAUUACUAACACUAUGUGGUCCGCUAAAAAUAUGCGGUGAUAUACAUGGACAAUACUUUGAUUUAUUACAUUUAUUUGAAUUAUGCGGUAAACCAGAAAAUAUUAAUUAUUUAUUUUUAGGUGAUUACGUAGAUCGUGGUCGACAUAGCUUAGAAACAAUUUCUUUAUUAUUAUGCUAUAAGUUAAAAUAUCCGCUAAGAUUUUUCUUAUUACGUGGUAAUCAUGAAAGUCAAUCUAUUACAAAAAUCUAUGGUUUUUUUGAUGAGUGUAAACGUAGAUUUUCAAUAAAAUUAUGGAGAAUAUUUAUUGAUACAUUUAAUUGUUUACCAUUAUGUGCUAUUAUUGAAAAUCAAAUAUUUUGUUGUCAUGGUGGUCUAUCACCAGAACUGCUAACACCAGAUUUAUGUGAUUUAAAUGAUUUGAAAGCAAAGAUACGAAGUAUAAAAUGUCCAUGUGAUAUACCAGAUUCUGGUUUAAUAUGUGAUUUAUUAUGGUCUGAUCCAUGGUAUAUAGAUAGACUAUUAAACGAUAAAAAUGGUAUAGAACCAAAUGGUUGGGAACCGAAUGAACGUGGUGUAUCAUAUAUGUUUGGUGCAGAUAUAAUUAAUCAAUUUUUAGAAAGAUUCAAUUUAGAUCUUAUUGUACGCGCACAUCAGGUUGUUGAAGAUGGUUAUGAAUUUUAUGCAAAUAGAUUAUUAGUCACAAUUUUUUCAGCACCAAAUUAUUGUGGUGAAUUUGAUAAUGCUGCAGCUGUAUUCUGUUUAAAUAAAAUAACGAAUCAAAUUGACAAUUUACAACCAACAUUUUGUAAUUUAAUUAAUGAUGACACUGAUCAGUCACUAUAUAAAGAAGCUGAUUUAGAAGGUAGUUUCCAAAUUAUACGAUCUGUGUUGUCAAAUAAGAAGUAG